CAGUCGCCAGUAACACAAUCCAGUCUUCAAGAAAUGGACGCCGCUCUCUCUCUCCUCUCUCUAAAAUCCAAUCUCACGCUCUCUCUCCUCUCUCUCUAAUGGCGGACGGCAGCGAGGAGGAGAUCGGAGAGAAGCAGAAGAAGGAGAUCGCCAAGUGGUUCCUUGCCAACGCCCCCGCCGGCGAGAUCCAGUACGUCGCCAAAGAUGUUCGAUCGAUUCUCGGAGACGAUGAAAUCUAUGAAAUGGCGGCGGAGGAAGCGUUCCCUCCGUAUAACAAGGCGCAUCUCAUUACUCUGGAGCUGCCUGAUCGAAGCGGCGAUAUAAUCAUUUCAACGUUUGGGGAAGUUGAUAUGUGCAACUACUUGGAUCCCAGAACUGCCCAAGUUGCUACAGUGGAUCAUGUCAAGCAAGUUUGUACAAAGGUGAGAGCUGCAACUGAUGAUGAGCUUCCUUCUCCAUAUAUUGAGGAGUUUCGUGAUGCCUUGGAUGUUGAACUCUGCAAGUAUGUUGAUGAAGCUUAUCCGAAAGGAAUAUGUGCGGUUUAUUGCACUAAGGGAAAGGAUGUGGAAGGACCUGGAUCUGACUUUGAGUUCUCUGUGGUGAUUUCUGCUUCCAAACUCAGUCCCCAGAAUUUCUGCAAUGGGAGUUGGCGUUCAAUUUGGACUAUUGAGUUCAAGGACGACUUGCAAGUUGUUGAAUUAAGUGGGAAGCUGCAGGUUGGUGCUCAUUAUUUUGAGGAAGGAAAUGUGCAGCUGGAUUCAAACAAUGACUGCAAGGAUUCUACCAUGAUGCAGGCCCCUGAAGAUUGUGCUGUUGCAAUAACGACAAUGAUUCGUGACCAUGAAGCUGAGUAUACAGCAUCUCUUGAGGCGUCAUACUUAAAGUUACCUGACACCACUUUCAAGGAUCUUCGGAGGAAGCUUCCUGUAACCCGAACUCUAUUCCCAUGGCACAGCACCCUGCAGUUCAGUUUAAACAGAGACAUCACAAAAGAAUUAGGAAUUGAAAAGUGAAAAUACAAGCCAGUUAUUAGUGAAGAGGUUGACUUUUUUGUGCACAAAUAUGAAGAUGUAUGUCUCUUGUAACUUCAUGUAUACUCCAAAAGCUCAUGUGAGAUAGAGAAGUAUUAUUCAUUGAAAUAUGUACAAAUUCGCGUUAAAUGGCAUUUUUUAAAGGACAGCAAGUAGCAUGUAUACUUGAUAUUCAUAGAGGAGUUCAGAUACUCUCAUGAAAUUUCCAAAUUUUUGUUCAGUGGAUGUUUGAA